GUAAAUUGUGGUUUUCUUCAGGUUGAAGUGAAAAUACUGCCGUGUUUUGGAAGUUGGGAACUCAGGGCGGAAUGAAAGUGCCCUGCCAAUGGAUAGAAUAAAAGUUCACGCAGUCCAGCGUUGGUUGUUGCUCACUGUUCGUCGUGCAUGAUGAUCGGAAGCUCUGCUGAUGGUGAUGAAAACUCAGUGUUGGUUGGAUUGCAGCACCGUGCUACGUAUCAAUUGCUUCACGAAGAAAACGAUGAGCCUCCUGAAUAUCCGGGCAUCGUUAGUGACGUUCCCGACGUGAACGCGCAAAAAAUGUUGAAAUUCAGGGACAAAACGGCACCAGGUCACGAUGCGACUGACAAAAUAUCCCUGUCGGAUGCGGUUCUUCCGGCAAACCAGUGCCUAACUCACGUCAGUGGAAUUUUGAUCGUCGUUUUCAUGGUUCCCGCUGUGUUUUGGCAUUAUUCUUGGUUCGAUUUGUUUGCAAUGAUUCGUGGCGAGUACAGUAGUCACAUUUGGGAAUUGGAAACAUGUCACCAGACCAAGAAAUUGGUAAUGCCACUGUUAUCUGACUUGGAGAAGGAAGCAAUUUACUUCCAUGGACCAUCUGGAAAGAAGAUUCCUGCGUCAUCACCAAGAGGUCCUCAUCAAUCUCAGGCCACCUUCGAAUUGCUGCCAUGUACUUACAAUACUUGUGGGGUCGCGUCCACGCGGCGUGACCCAAGCGUAGCAUCCUUGCUCGGGCACACCGUGCAGCAACAACAGCACAGAGACCCGGAAGCAGAUAGGCACCCAGUUUGCCGCAUUGUGGUAAACCGGGUCAGUAGCAAGAGAUAG